GCGGGACUUCCGCUUCCGGCGGCACCCUAUCCGUCAUGGCGGCGCCCAGCGAGGCGCCGGAGCGGCGGCGGCCCUUCGGGAGGCGCUUCCUCACCGACCCCGCCCGCCUCUUCCAGCAUAACGCCUGGGAUAAUGUGGAAUGGUCAGAAGAGCAGGAAGCCACUGCCAGGAGUAAAGUUCAAGAGAACAGCUCACAGCUAUUGCCACAAGAUAAACAAGAGGACUAUGAGGUGAAUGCUAAGAGAUACUGGGAUGACUUUUAUAAGAUCCAUGAAAAUGGCUUCUUCAAGGACAGGCACUGGCUGUUCACUGAAUUUCCUGAGCUGGCACCAAACAGGAACCCGAGUCAAAAUGAGGAUUCUCUAUGUGAAGAGGUACCCAAAAAUGAAGGGCUGGGAAGCUGUGAAAAUGGACAUUGCACGGUAGAAACCAGAGCAGAGAAUCAGUUAAACCUGAUAAAAAGCAGGUCUGGAUUCUGUGCAGAAGAGCUGGCUCCACAGAAGAUAAAACAAAGUGAUGAAGAUUUCCCAGGAUCUUCUGCUUCUUAUCGUAUAUUAGAGGUUGGCUGUGGUGCUGGAAAUACAGUUUUCCCAAUUUUACAGACCAACAAUGAUCCAGGCCUUUUUGUUUAUUGCUGUGACUUUUCUACGACAGCCGUGGAUCUCGUCCAGAGCAACGUGGAAUAUGAUUCUUCUCGCUGCUUUGCAUUUGUCCAUGACCUCUGCAAUGACCAAAGUCCCUUCCCAAUGCCAGAUGAAAGCCUUGACAUUGUCAUUCUCAUCUUUGUCCUCUCAGCGAUUCUCCCAGAGAAGAUGCAGCGUGUCAUUAACAAACUGAGUCGCCUUCUGAAACCUGGAGGAGUGAUUUUGUUACGAGAUUAUGGCCGUUACGACCUAGCCCAGCUUCGGUUCAAGAGAGGUCAGUGUCUGUCUGCUAACUUCUAUGUGAGAGGUGAUGGCACCAGAGUCUAUUUCUUCACCCAAGAUGAAUUAGAUGAUCUCUUCACAAGAGCUGGCCUGCAGAAAAUACAGAAUCUGGUUGAUCGUCGACUGCAAGUGAACCGUGGGAAGCAAAUGACAAUGUAUCGAGUUUGGAUCCAGUGCAAAUACCAAAAGCCUGCUGCCCCUCAGCUGUGAGGAAGCAGGGUCAGAUUUUAUCCUCUUGGUGGCCGUGUGCAGUCUCGCCCUGGUGAGAUUCUUUGUUGAGGAAGUCAGCGUGCACAGAACCUCAGUGCCUUGUAUAGCACCUAGCAUCACUUCAAAUGAGUUUUGCUAAGGACAGAUGGUCUAGGAGGAGACCAACCAGUAUUUAAGGUGUCUUGCUACUGGGCUGGAUUUUUAAAGUUUAUAGUUUUUAACAACAUAAGAAAGUCAUGCUAAGAGCAGCUGAGCAAGUUGAGUAGCAGGCCUCUCUUCCUGUGGACUUCUGCAUGAAACAAGAUCUUCAACCUUGUCUCUGUGUUGUGUACUCUUGUUCUUUUGUUCCCAAGGCACAGUUGGUAAAUCAGAUUUCCUUUGCAGCUGGUUAUUAGGUACAAUAUGGAUCCUUUUGUCAACUUAUCUCAUGCAGUUCUCUUCCAGUUCUUCAGAUUUGUGCAGAUCCACCAGUUAAAAUACAUUUAUUGAGGACAUGAACUGAGAGCAUGCUUGUUUCUCUGUGCCACUUUCCUGGUGGGCAGAUAACCUGUGAAGAAUGCAGAUUAUUGCUCUUCCUGUCUUUGAGAUUGUUUGUAGAGGAAGCUAGCACACUGUAGCUCAGGUGCUGCGAAUUCACAUCCGAUAGAGUUCAACCUGUCAGAAAUGGGAGGUUGAUGCCAUUUUUGAAGCACCUCCAGAGUGCAGAGAGACAAAAGCAGCUUGUGGGACCAGAGUUUGCUCAGAAUCCAUUACCUGCUUUUUCUGCCUGAACAGUCAAGAAGUGUUCUUGCUUGUGACCUGGUUCUGCAGCCAGCUGCACUGCCCUGUCAUGGUGAUGUGCUCAACCAAAGAAGGCAAGGCACUUGUCUUUGAUAAGAAAUCUGAAGAAUGUCUACCAACGUUUGAUUUCUUAAAGGAAACCAAGUGUGGCUUUCUGAAGGUAUUACCCCACUUGGCAGCUAACAACUUUUAUUCCAUUUGGUUUAUUUGGUUACUUUUAGGAUGCUGGACAAUGGAUGUUAGAAUAAAUUCUGAGGUAACGUUUUUCAUUGCUGGUUUGAGCAAUAGAAAUGAAGCUUCCACAGAAACUCACAUGCCUGUAGGCACUUGAUCUGAAGGAUUUCAGCCACUGUUGGGUAACUACUGAUUUUUUUAUUUAUUUUUUCCUUGAAGAAACAAUGCUUACUAAGUGUGCACCAUCAGCUGCAGAGCACUUUGUGCUGUGCAUAGCAUGCAGAUUUUGUUAUCUGGACACUAGUAUUAAUAGUUUACAGUUGCCUAAGAAUAACUGUCGACUGUAAGGACACAUAGAUGAUGAAAUAAGUGCUCUCUUGAGAUGGAGGAGAGAGUAAAAAGCUGACGAAAUGCCAUUGCUGUAUUUGGAGGGUCUGCAGGAAUUUUCCAGGAGCAUCCUUUUGUGAAGGCUUGGAAGGGGCAUGCUCUUUGCUAGGCAUGUGGUAGCACAAUGGGUUCAUAACUUCCACAUCCCUGUGUCACCCCACAGUGAAUAGUUUGUCUUCUAAUGCAGGCUUCCUGGGUCAGGCCAUUUCAGCCCUUGCUGUGGAAUCAAAGAGUAGGGAAGAGAAUUCUUGUUCAAUUGGUUAUAGUAUAUAUUAUGUGAAGGAUUCUCUUCCCAGUUAUUUCUUUCUAAAAUGCUGGCAGACUUUCCAGCAUUUCCAAAUGACAUAAAAAAUGAAGCUUGAAGCAGUUGUUUCU